AACUAAAUUCAGCCCCUCCCUUUCCUGAACACAACCAAGUCACAGCUGUAGCUGAAUCAGGCAAGGCUAUUGACAUCAUCUCUGAUUUUCCUCUUCGUUCUUCUGCUUCAGACAAUAAAGCAUUCCAUAUUUUGGGGACUGGACAGUAAUAAUGUCCGAAACGGAGAGUAGCGGUGACGAAUGCGUGCUGAAGUGCAAGAAACCGGCGUUCGUUCUCUACCGAAACCGCGAGGAGUGGAAGGACGUGGUGCCGAUUCCGCAAGCCGAUGUGCCUAACGCCGUUGUCGCAAUUAAUUAUUCAGAGAAAUUCAAAGAUGUCUACGACUAUUUGAGAGCCGUUCUAGCCAAACAAGAAAAAUCCGAACGAGUACUUAAGCUGACUGAAGAUGCACUGAACUUAAAUCCAGCUAACUACUCGGUCUGGCAAUACAGGCGUGUGAUUUUAAGAUGUCUGAAAAUUGAUCUGCGUAGAGAGCUGGUAUUCAGCGCCAAAAUGAUCCACCAGCAUCCAAAGAAUUAUCAAGUCUGGUACCAUAGGAAAGCCAUUGUGGAGAUGCUGGGCGACCCAUCGGCAGAACUCGAGCUCACCAAAAAUGAUCUCGAAUACGACAGCAAAAACUACCACGCCUGGCAGCACAGACAAUGGGUCGUCCAGACCUUUGGGAUGUUUGAUGGUGAGAUGGUGCUGUGUGACACGAUGAUUGAAGCGGACAUCAGAAACAACUCUGCCUGGAACCACAGGUUUUUUGUAAUAAGCAACACUACCCGCUUCACGCCCCAAGUGGUCGCUGCGCAGGUCGACUACACCCUUCAGCAAAUCAGCAAGGCGAUCCACAACGAGAGCGCAUGGAAUUUCUUGAGAGGCAUUCUCUGUCAAACCAAAGAUGGCAUAUCUGGAAACAUCAAAGUGAACACAUUCUGUGAAAAUCUGAUUGCGUCCAAAAACAUCUCACCACAGUUGCUAGCUUUUCUUGUCGACAUCAACAUGGCGCUUGCAAAGGAAGACCAGAAGGCUCGGGAAAAAGUGAAAGAACUGUGUAUGCAACUGGCCACAGACGUAGACACCAUAAGACACAACUAUUGGAAUUAUUUGGCCCAGACAGUCUGAAAUUGAUGCUGCAAUAGCUGAAAUUUGUGCCAGGACAAGAAUGGUCCGUUGCUCUCAGCCACUCAUCUUGCUUUUAUUCAAUCUUUUCGUAAUUUAAUUUCUACUUAUUGGGCAAAUUUUUUAUAGAUGGUUGACACAGUUGUUAAUAUUAUCAAAUCAUACGAACCACAAUUUGAGUUUUAUGAAUCAAAAAAUUUAAUUAUAUGGAAUGAUUUAUUUGUCUAAAAGCAAUUAAACUCAUUUUCACGGCCAAUCAUAAGUUUUAAUUUCCUUAAAAACACUGCUGGUAUUAUCUCAUAGUCAUUUGGCUGUAACAUUUAAAUUGUGGUUGUGCUUAAAAUGACACAGCUUCGGCUCAUAUUCUUAAACUUAUGAACCAUGCAAUGUGAGAAUCUGAACGAAGUUUGGUGAUCGAGUGCGGCUGUUUUGUGCCUACAUUUGACUAUAUUGCAUUUCAAUGACGAGUCCAUAUGGAAGAAUUGCAUUCUGUAGCCUGACUCGCUACUUGCUUCAUCACACCUUUCAAGCAUAUGGGAAUGAAUGUCCUGCGACAAACGUCUAGCGUUUCAAUAAAAGACCUCAAAGCGGGUGCAGAAACACAA